AUGGAGGUUCCUUCAGGUCCACAGCUGCUUCACCCCUCCAUCGCAGAGCCGGUAUCAUCCUUUGCCCAUCUGAUGUUCAAUCUCAGGCACGCAUUCGCGCUCAGUCUUCUCUUACCUGCGAUUAUAUAUCUCGUCCCGCUGUUCCUCAAGCUUACAUCCUCGUCAGCCCGCGUUGAGUCUGCGCCAAACGGACCUCGGGGUACAGCAAAAGACGCGACAUUUCUCUCCUCCCGCUCCGCCUCCUCAUCAGACAUCGCAUCCGAUACCGCCACCAUGAGCGCCGCAUCAUCGGCUUCGUCAAUUCGCAGGAUCGCUCCGCUGGUCAUUCCCGCUGCAGGUCGCCAUACUGCCACCGUCGUCUUCAUCCAUGGCCUGGGCGACACUGGCCACGGCUGGGCCGAUGCUGUGAGCUUUUGGAGGACACGUCAGUCGAUGAAUGAGAUCAAGUUCAUUUUGCCGCACGCGCCGCAUAUUCCUAUUACCAUGAAUGGUGGCAUGCCGAUGCCAGGAUGGUUCGACAUUAAAACUCUCGUCAAGGGUGCAGACGAGGACGGCCCUGGCGUUCUCCAAUCCCGCGACUAUCUGCAUGGCCUCAUUCAGCAGGAGAUCAAGGACGGCAUUCCUGCCGACCGCAUUGUCCUCGGCGGCUUCUCCCAGGGUGGUGCCAUGAGCAUAUUCGCCGGUCUGACGGCCCCAGUCAAGAUUGGCGGCAUCGUCGGUCUCUCGUCGUGGCUUCUCCUUAACCAGAAGUUCAAGGACUAUGUCCCUGACGGCAAUAUCAACAAGGACACCCCCAUUUUCAUGGGCCAUGGUGACCGUGAUCCCCUGGUGCUCUACGACCUUGCCAAAGACAGUGAAAAGGCCCUGAGUUCGAUGGGCUACAGCGUUACUUUCAAGACGUACAGGGGAAUGCAGCAUCAAGCCUGCGCGGAAGAGCUUGGCGACGUCGAAGCUUUCCUCAGCAGCAGAUUACCCCCAAAAGGACAUUAA